AUGGCGAGCGCCUCCGUGCUGGGGCUGCCGCCCGCCGCGAGCCCCCCCGCCGGCCCCAACCUCAACAACAACAACAACAACAACCAGGGCGUGCGCAAGUGCGGCUACCUGCGCAAGCAGAAGCACGGACACAAGCGCUUCUUCGUGCUGCGCGGCCCCGGCGGCGGCGGCGAGGAGGCGGCGGGCGCGCGGCUCGAGUACUACGAGAGCGAGAAGAAAUGGAGGAACAAGUCCGGGGCGCCCAAGCGGGUCAUCGCCCUCGACUCGUGCCUCAACAUCAACAAGCGGGCGGACGCCAAGCACAAGUACCUGAUCGCCCUCUACACCAAGGACGAGUACUUCGCCGUGGCGGCCGAGAACGAGCAGGAGCAGGAGGGCUGGUACCGCGCCCUCACCGACCUGCUCAACGAGGGCAAGGCGGCGUGCCAGGGCUCCCCGCACCGCCACCUCUCCUCGCCCUUCGCCGCCUCCUGCAGCGCCGCCUCGCUGGCCGCCGCCGCCGGCGAGGACYUCAACUACGGGCUCGUCACGCCGGCCGCCGCCGCCUACCGGGAGGUCUGGCAGGUGACGCUCAAGCCCAAGGGCCUGGGGCAGAGUAAGAACCUCACGGGCGUGCACCGGCUCUGCCUCUCGGCGCGCACCAUCGGCUUCGUGCGCCUCAACUGCGAGCUGCCCUCCGUCACGCUGCAGCUCAUGAACAUCCGCCGCUGCGGCCACUCCGACAGCUUCUUCUUCAUGGAGGUGGGGCGCUCGGCGGCCACGGGCCCCGGCGAGCUCUGGAUGCAGGCGGACGACUCCGUGGUGGCGCAGAACAUCCACGAGACCAUCCUGGAGGCCAUGAAGGCGCUCAAGGAGCUCUCCGAGUUCCGCCCGCGCAGCAAGAGCCAGUCCUCCUCGUCCUCCUCGUCGGGGGGCGCCGCGGGGCCCGGCGGCGCCUCGGCCACGCACCCCAUCACGGUGCCGGGCCGCCGCCACCACCACCACCACCACCACCUGGUGAACCUGCCGCCCAGCCAGACGGGGCUGCUGCGCCGCUCGCGCACCGAGAGCCUGGCGGCGGGCAAGGGCUCGGCGGGCCGGGUGCGCACGGCCAGCGAGGGCGACGGCUGCCGCCUCGGCUCGGCCGCGGGCAGCCCCAUGAGCCCCGGCCCGGUGCGCACGGCGCUCAGCCGCUCGCACACGCUCAGCGGCGGCGGGGGCAGGACGGCGGCCAAGCUGCUGCCGGCGCUGGCCGCGGGCGGCGCGCCUGGCAGCCGCUCCAUGUCCAUGCCCGCCGCGCACUCGCCGCCCUCCGCCACCAGCCCCCUCAGCCUGUCGUCCAGCAGCGGCCUCGGCUCCGAGCCGGCGCCGCUGCACCAGCCGCAGCGCCCGUCGAGCGGCAGCGCCUCCGUGUCGGGCUCGCCCAGCGACGCGGGCUUCAUGUCCUUCGACGAGUACGGCUCGAGCCCCGGCGGCGACCUGCGGCCCUUCUCCUCCUCCUCCACGGCCAGCAACCGCAGCAACACCCCCGAGUCGGUGGCCGAGACCCCCCCGGUGCGGGAGCCCGGCGGCGCCACCGACCUCUACGGCUACAUGGCCAUGGAGCGGCCGCCGAGCGGCCGCCUCUGCUACCGGCCGUGCCCCGAGGCGGCCGACAAGGGCCCCCGCAAGCGGACCUACUCGCUGACCACGCCGUGCCGGCAGCGGCCCGCGCCGCCGCCGCUCUCCUCCGCCUCGCUCGACGAGUACACGCUCAUGCGGGCCUCCUUCGCCGGCAGCGCCGGCCGCCUCUUCCCGCCCUGCGCGGCGGGCGCCUCCCCCAAAGUCACCUACACCCCCUACCCCGAGGACUACGGGGACAUCGAGAUCGGCUCCCAGCGCAGCUCCGGCAGCAGCAGCACCAACCUGGCGCCGCUGCCGGCCGCGGGAGGAGGAGGAGGAGUGGGGGGAGAAGACGAUGGCUACAUGCCCAUGACCCCCGGCGUGGCCGCGGCCCUGGGGCAGGGCGGCCGGGGCGGCCACGACUACAUGCCCAUGAGCCCCACCAGCGUGUCGGCCCCCAAGCAGAUCCUGCAGCCCCGCGCCGGGCUGGGUGGCGGCUCGCCCGGCAACGGGAGCAGCUACAAGACCAGCUCGCCCGGGGAGAGCUCCCCCGACGACAGCGGCUACAUGAGGAUGUGGUGCGGCUCCAAGCUCUCCGUGGAGAGCUCGGAYGGCCGGCUCAGCGGCGGCGACUACAUCAACAUGUCCCCGCGGGAGCCCCCGCACGGGCCCCACGCGCCCUCCCUCACUCCCCCCGACUUCUUUUUCGGCCCCUCGGGGCCCGGGGCCGCCGAGCCCGGCAAGCCCGGCUGCUACUCGUACAGCUCCUUACCGCGCUCCUACAAGAGCCAGGGCCCGGCCAAGGACAGCGACCAGUACGUGCUCAUGAACUCCCCGGGCAGGACGAUCCCCGAGGAGGCCCUGGCUCCCUGCAGCCACACGGUGCCUUCGCCCCUGCGGCACAGCCGCACCGAGAGCUUCCUGAGCCAGCGGGGCCCACGCCUCGCGCGGCCUAGCCGCCUCUCGCUGGACACCUCGCGCACGCCGCUGCCCAGCAUGAGCGAGCACCCGCUGCCCGCCGAGCCCAAGAGCCCCGGCGAGUACAUCAACAUCGACUUCGGCGACGCCGCCGUCUACUCGCCGCCCUCGCUGCCCGCCGACAGCCCGGCCUCCUCGCUGGGCUCGGCCGCGGGGCAGCGGCGCUCGCCGCUCUCCGACUACAUGAACAUCGACUUCGGCUCGCGCUCGCCCUCGCGCUCGGGCACGGUCUCGGGGGGCUCCCUCGAGGCGCUCUCGCCGGGCUCGUCCUCCAGUGCCGGCCCGCCCGACGGGCGCUACCUGAAGUCUGCUGCGGGGGUGUCGUGCCUGUGCAGCCCGCCCGACGGCGGCGGCGAUUACACCGACAUGACCUUCGGCAUGGCCACCACGCCGCCGCAGCCCAUCGCGCAGAAGCCGGACGGCGCCCGCGUCACGAGCCCCACGGCGGGGGUGAAGAGGCUCACCCUCUCCGGGGUGGAGGCCUUCAUCCUCUCCAGCCCUCCCCCCGACCCCAACCGGGGGGCCAAGGUGAUCCGCGCGGACCCCCAGGGCCGGCGGAGACACAGCUCCGARACCUUCUCCUCCACCACCACUGUGACCCCCGUGUCCCCCUCGUUUGCACACAACCCCAAGCGGCACAACUCGGCCUCGGUGGAGAACGUGUCCCUCAGGAAAAGCGAAGGCCUGGAGGAGGAGCAGGGCAGCAGCCCCAUGUGCCGCGAGACCUCGGCCGGCUUCCAGAACGGCCUCAACUACAUCGCCAUCGACGUGGUGGACGGCACCCUGGCCAGCUGUGACAAAGGCAGGUCGAAAGGCCGGCGCGUCCUCAACGGGGGCAUCAACGGGCUGGAGGCCAGCGCCUACGCCAGCAUAGACUUUCUGUCCCACAACCUGAAGGAAGCAAGUGCUGUGAAAGAGUGAAGGAGUUAGUUUUAUCACCAUGACCUCAAACAACAGAGUACAACAUUCAAAGAAGCUGCUCGGCAUUGUUUUUGUUUUUUUAACUGAAGCUGCUUAAGGUUUACUUUUGCUGUUGUUACCGUUGCUCCGGACAGUUACCUAACUUUCAGACUGUUGUGGGCUAAACUGUACAACAAAUCUGCAAGGAAGGGAAAGCAACCUGCCUAACUCAUUACCUGUCAUUGRCAUCUACAAUACCAUUUUGCUGCUGUUUUGACAGAAGUUCAGGAUGCUCUUUAGCUAGUUGGGACUUUUCUGCCGGCCUCUUUACCCACAGGCCAAUGCCUUCAUUUCCUAUUUCUGCAAAGACAAACUGUAUUUAUUCUUCGGCAUAUUAGGAGAUUCUGUAACACCCGCUAAAGCGGCGAAAUCUGGUAUUUACUGGCGUGAUUUCAAGCCUAUCACAGUGCUACCUCAGUUCAAAGCAAAGCCGGAUUUGCAGUGUCGGCGUGCGACAGGACCUCCUGUAUCUCUGUGCUGAGUUUCUCUCAAGAACAGUCAUCGGCCUUACGGAACUCGUACCGCUCCGGUACCGCUGCCGGGCGCCUCUCGGCCCCGGGCUGCAGUGUUUACUGAUCAGACGAAGCCUAAAGACGCGGGCGCUAAAGAGUCUAAUACAAGACAAAACUCCGUGCAUCGGACCUGGGGCGAGGGUUUAAGUAGAGUUAAAAUGUGUAACUUAAGCAACGUAAGUUAAAAAUAUCAAACUGUAUUGGGGGUAUCUCUCUCUACCUUUGACACACUUGUUUUAUCCUCUCUAUGUAGGUGUUUAUGUAGGUACUUGAGAUUGCAAAAGCCUUUUCUCCUAUUUACAGGCUCACUUUUGUCAGCUCACCCUGUCCUUAGCUGCAUUUCUUCUAACCAAAAAUCCACACAGGCAUGCUAGGAAUGCAGGGAUGAUAAUGGGUACUGGACAGAUCGAAGCRCUAGUGUUAGCACAGUAUUAUCUUGCCAUCUAGAAAGUCCUGAUACUUGCCUUCUCCCAGAAAAGCAGCACUGCAGCUACAGGCGUUGUUAUUACAGGGAAAAGAAGAAACGUUGCAGUCGCUUACACAGAGUUGUCUUCAAGACUACCCGUGUAUCACGUUUCCUGUAUUCUGAAAAUACAGCCCAUGUGGCGACUGUUUUCACAAAUGUCACGUACAACUGUUGCACCGGGCUAGCAGAAUGCCAGGCCACCUAGUUUCUCCUCUGGUAAAUUUGUUGAAGAGUUCACAUACAUUUUAAGGGUACCUCCCCAGUGCCUGCUCUGAUAGUCAUGUAAGUAUUUCUAGGUUAUCUGGGUUACGUGAGGGUUUUCCUUGGUUUUAAAUCCUUGUGCUAGGUGGAACCUGUACAUCACUCUUAACAAUGCAUUAUCUUUUGGGAUUUUAUGUUUAUUUUCUACGAGGAAGACAAGAGUCCAUGUCUUACAAAUGUAAUGAAUGGCAAUGCAGUCUUCCUGCUUACAUGCUGAUUUUUUAGAACUAAGGAUUGUAUUACAAGACAAAGAUGAAUGUAAAGUAACUCCUUCCCUACCCCAUGGCACACCCUAUUUUUCAGUGUAAUUUUCUGGGGUUUUAAAUCACAGCAAUGCAUAGGCUGUAUAAUAUUAAAUCUAAAAAUCAAUUUAAAUAUCUAAUUUAUCUGUUUGGGCUUUGGGAUUUUUUUUAAUGGCACUAUAAAAGGUUCUAAAAACAUUCUAAGAUGCUGCUUAUUCAGUUCUGGAACUAGAAAAACAAAUACAGUUGGUGACAUUUUUUGCCAGCCCUCCUCUCCCCUUUGGCACACACACACACACACACAGUAGCACUGAACGUGGUACCUGCUGAAGACAACGUUUUAACUUCUCUUUUGAAGUAGCCCUCUGUACCAAUUAUGGAAUCAUGCCACUCAAAGAAACGGCUCUUAUGCAUACAGCAACUUCAAAACAAAGACUUGGCUAUGUAGUCAAUUCUUCUCUAUCCUGUAUAUUUCACAAAGGCAUAUGCAAUACUUACAUUCUUAAUUUAGUUUACAGAAUGGAACCAAAAUGUAUAAAUGUUAUGUUUGCUAAAACUUCACAAUGUAUAUUGGGUCUUUGUACAUUUUGCCUGACUUACCUUAAAUUUAAAAUAUUUUU